GGGCUACGGCGGCCGCGGGGCUAGCGUGAGUUCGCCUUCUCCCGCCUCAGGGCUGCCCUGCGCCGGCGACUGCACCGGCGGAGCGCGGAUCGGGCAGCGACGGGGCGGACCAGAGUGCGUGACACACAAAGUUCAGAGGAUUUCACAGAGGAGUCAGUAGAUGGAAAACUGCUCUGGGCAGGUGUUCGUAGCUGGUGCGGAGCCGCUCACCUCCUGGGAGGAUCUGUGAUGAUGCAGAUUGCCUUGAAACAAAGGCAGGAGCAGAAUCUCGGGUUUCAGGUAUCCAGGUUCAUGAACGACGCGGGCCCCCAGCAGCUGGGAGGGCAUGGCAGCAGCGGGAACGUGGCAGCAGUAACCAGGGAGCUCCUGCAGGAGGGGGAUGGCGAGCACCAACCAGGGCAAUCAUUGAUCUUGGUCAUGAGACAGAAUCUUCCAUUCUGAGCUCUUAAUGAGACAGUUCAUCUAGAAAGAUGGCCACUACAGAGCCCCUAUCGAAAAAGACUAUAAUGGGUCCUUAUGGAAUCAAUCGUGCUGUACAUCGCAUUACUCUUUCUGAUUGUCAGAAUGGAUUAGGGGUGAAAAUUAUUGGAGGUUAUCGGGAGCAGACUUCAGAAGACUAUGGAAUUUUCAUAAAAAGAAUUUUGCCUGGAGGAAUGGCUGCAUUAGAUAGUCGCUUGUUCACUGGAGACCUAAUCUUGGAUGUCAAUGGAGAAAACUUAGUUGGUGUAACCAACGAAAGAGCUGUUGACAUCUUGCGAACAGCAUCUGCAUCUAAUCACAUGUCUCUGCUGAUUGCCAGAGAUGAAGAAGCCAAGAAAGAAUUUCUAAACCUGAUGGACAAGUAUGGAUCUCAUGCUAAUACAGACUCUGCAGGAAGCUCUCCAACACAACUGCUAGCUGUGAAACCUGCUGACAGCCUUUCUUCAGCAUCAUCUUCAAGGUCCCAGAGUCCUCAGCUGGCACGAGCAAAGGAUACUGCCACCAGCCACAAUGGAAGUAUCUCUGUCAUAGGCACAUCCCUUCACCUUGCAAAUGACAGUGCAUUUCAGAUUAUCACUGUUUCCAAGGGAACAGGCCUAGGCUUGAACAUUGUGGGAGGAAUUAACAGAAAUGAAGGGCCCUUGGUGUAUAUUCAAGAAGUUAUUCCUGGAGGUGACUGCCAUAAGGAUGGACGAUUGAAACCUGGAGACCAGCUUGUAUCAAUAAACAAGGAGUCGAUGAUUGGUGUCUCCCAUGAAGAGGCAAAAAGUAUAAUCAGCAGAACAAAGCCAAAAUCAGAAUCUGCUUGGGAAAUCGCUUUCAUCAGACAAAAGACUGUUCCCAGUCGCUUGGAACAUGCACAACGCCCUUCUAGUUUCUUCACAUCUUCUGGUGCAUAUGGACAGCAACAAAAUCCAACAUUUAAUCUUCUUACAUCUCCUAAUGAGAACUUUGCUUCUAAGAUGACCCCUUCCAGUGCUCCAAAGAAAUCACGCAGCCAGCUUGGCAGUUUGGAGAACAGCAUUCAGCUGCUGAACUUUUAUAUCUCAAACUGCUAUCUAAAAAAAGAAAGGAAGGACUUCAUUAUAAAGCAGAGGCUGCUAGAAAAGACAAAAACUGGAUUCAAGAAGAGGGAGCAAUCUCCAAUUAUUUCUGAAGACAGCAGCCCUACUGAUGUGUCUGCUACUGCUGUUGCCCCCAACCAGGCAGAUGAUUAUGGACUGCAAGGAAAGAAGAUUUCUGUAAACCCUACUGUUCGUCUCAAAGUGGAAAAGCUGGAGAUGGCACUGAAUUACCUUGGGAUUCAGCCCACAGCUGAACAACAGCAAGCCCUAAGGCAUCAACUACAGAAAGAUUCUAAUGGGACAGUAUCUUUUGGAGAUUUUGUUCAGGUUGCGAGAAAUCUGUUCUGUUUGCAACCGAAGGAAGCAAGUGGUGGCCAAAAACCCAUCGCACUCGGGGCCAGUGAAGUCAUCAGUUUAUUAGACUCGCAGUUUGUAUCCUGUGAUUCUGUGGAAGUGGAUGAUAUGGAAAGACUUAAAAAUGAAAGAAACGACGCUUUAAAAGAAAUAACUAAACUGAAGGAACAAUUGUCUGAAUCUUUAAGUGUACAGAAACAGUUAACAGAGGAGCUACAGACUGUCAAACAGGAAGCCAAGGCAGCGGUGGAAGAGACAAGAGCUUUGCGAAGCAGGAUUCAUCUUGCAGAAGCCGCACAGAGGCAGGCUCGUGGGAUGGAGAUGGACUAUGAAGAAGUAAUCCACCUAUUAGAGGCUGAAAUUACAGAGCUGAAGGCUCAGCUCACUGAUCAUUCUGGCCAAAAUAAAGAAAGUGCACACGAUUUAAAAAAAAGAAUCACAGUGCUAGACUGCCAACUACGGAAAUCAGAAUCAUCUAGGAAAGCCUUUGAAGUGGCCACUGAAAAACUGCUGCAGUUCACAGAGAUUGUACACGAAGCCCUGUCAGAAAACUCCUCUUUGUCAGCUUUAAGUGAUAGAAGAGCCACGUUGUCAGCUAAGACACUGCUUGCACGACUGGGGAAGAAUGGACGUACUGUCACAGCAGCCCUUGGAGCUGAAGCCAAAGACCUUGCUAAAUCUGUCCGUGCCAUUCUAGAAGUAGACUGCCUACCUUAUGGAUGGGAAGAAGCAUACACAGCCGAUGGAAUCAAGUACUUUAUCAACCAUGUAACACAGACAACAUCAUGGAUCCAUCCUGUAAUCAGCGCGCUGAGCUUAUCCUGUUCAGAGGAGAAUGAGGAAGACGACACCAGAGAGCUAGCAGAGCCCAGGAGCUGAGGAUGUCUGUUGGUAGAUAGUAGUUUCACUCAUUCUUACACAAUAAUCAGAAGACCGCGCUUUCCUGUAGUCUAGCAUAUCACACCUGAUCUUGCUGUGCUUGAACUCAAAGGGAGUUGUGUCAUUGAUUUAUGUGGGAUCAGUUUCAUGGGUGAAAUUCACCUCUGCAAAAGGUCUGUGUUUUACAUACAUAAGUCCUCUUAAAUCCCGAAGGACUUGUUUAGUGCACAGGGUCUGCCCAGCUUGUGGGUACAGCGGUGAACCUUACCUUUGUCCCUUUAGGACCUUAUUCUCUCCUGUCUUCAGUUAUAUGUGGCUGUAACUCCAUUGUCUUGAACUGAGUUAAUUGCCAUUUGCAGCAGCAUGAGAGGGGCACAUUGGAUGUAAUUCCCAGAGGAACUUUCUGUCACUGGUUGGUGGACGAGCUUUUUUACCAAAGCUAGUAGGUGUAACACAGAAGCCUUUUGUGUAACUACUGAGUGUAUGAUUUUUAUAAAAGAUUUCAUAUGUAUUUUGCUAUCAGAAGUUUAUGACAAUUUCUUACAAAUACUGAAGCCCAGAUUUUUUUUUACCAUUAUUUUUAUGGCAGUUAAUGAUUCGGCUUUAGAAAAAACGAGGUCUGGAAAGUUGUUGACCCCAGUUCUGGUAGAGGACACUCUUUUCUGUCAGCAUAAUUAUGCAGGAAUGAAAACCGUUUCACUUUUGUACUCUGCUAAACUGGUACACAUACGCAUUGAAUAUUUCUGUGGAAGCUGUGAAGUUUCAAGUACAAUGAAACCUGUGAAACCACCUCCAGGAUCAGCAGAAAUCAGUCACCUCCUUGAAGCUGGGCUUUAAGUAGAAGUAAAACAAAAUCAUUCUGGAAACCCUGGUGAUGAUUUAAAGGGGUGGCUGAAAAGGACCAGGACUGCUAGGGAAGCUACAAGCAGGUUUCUCUGUACGCAAGCAGCACAAGACUUCUUAAAACUGUGUUGCUCACAGCACUCAAUACGAUGGCUGCUUUGUCGACUGUUUGAUUCUACAAUCGGUCAUUCCUGUGGCUCUUUUUAUACGUGUACAUAUGUCAGGUAUUGACUAACAAAUAAGGAACAUAGACUUUGCAGAAGCGCUGACGAACAUACCAGAGGAAAACAGUAUUUUUUGACAGUCAGGACCAAGAUGUGGGGCUCUACUGUAAGGAAAUUAGGAUGACAGGCUGACACAGCUGAGUCGUUCUGCAAAGGGAAGUUGAAAGUGUAUUUAAGAAGUUGAGAACUGUGCAUCUCUCCAGGUGAAAUAGGAUGCCUCCCUGGUCCUUGCCAUUCAAGCCAGGACAUUGCCAGCAGCUACACCCAAGACAUCUAGUGGGUGAAACAGAAUUUAGCCCUUUGUUGUCUGCUUUUAAUUAGUGUAGGGUUAAGUCACCCAUAGAUGUGGGGCCUGUGCCCUUUUGGGGGGACAAAGGGAGUGUUCAGGAAAGGCUGGAUCAGCAGAUCCACAGUAACUUGCAUCCAAUGAGCAAAUCCUCCAUGUACAACAGCAGCCCUGGGAGUUGCUGUGCUGUAGCCAUUCUCUGUUCCACUCGCCCUAAGCUGCUUCAAGGCCUGAGGGAGGACGGUGCCUCCAAACAAUGACCUGGCACCACUGAGCAGAGCUCAUUUGCUUGUGCUUUAUACAGUCCUCUGAGGUGCAGACCUUGGACUCAGACCCAGCACAGAUAUAAACUGCUCACCAGACCUAGCUGGCUUUCUGACAAUGUUAACUUUGGCUCUAGCAAUAAUGUAGGUGCUUUAUGUAUGACAGAUCCUUUCAGGAUGGAAGACUUUGGGCAUUUGGGUUUUAAUCAGGAAGCAUUUAAAAAAAUCUGGUCAGUCAGCGUGCAUGUAGACUGCUUUUCUGCUUCCGUUGUGAGACACGUGAACUGGGCUGUUGAGCUGUGCUCUCCUCAUAGCACUUGCUUUAGCCUGGGGUUUUGUCUUCGCAAAGUGUAGGACAGCACUAGGUAGUCACAGUCCACUAGCAGCUCCCCAAGCACGCUGCAGCAGGAACCGCGUGGAAUUUAAAGCUGCCCUUUCGUUGGACCGGGGGGAGGAGGACAGCCAUGUACACUCGGCCUGUCUUUCCCCAAGGAACCCCCUACUCCGAGCACGCUAUUCACAGCCCACCGCACCAGUCAAAAAAAACGCUGGCCUUCUGCUGUGCUUGCUGUCUCCACCCACAUCUGAGAACAUUUCAGCGAUUCGGAGCACGUUCUAGUCUCUCUUCCAUUUUUACCUUGUCAUUAAGGAAUACUUAAAAAAAGAUCUCUUCAUCCAUCUAGUUUCUUCCUUAUUCAAGUGUUGGUUCUUCAGAUAGGCUACCCUAGUUCAUAUUCUCCACCGCUGGUCUUUUUUUCAUACCUGUAAUCUCCAAAUGUUCUAGUCUAUUUUUGUAAACUGGCAUACUUGUUUCCUAGGUUAUCCUCUCUCUCUCCUUUCAUCCAUCCCUCCCUCCCUCCCUCUCCCUUCUUUUUUCUCUCUCUCUGCGAAGUAGUUUGCAAAACAAUUUUGAUUAAGCUGAAUUGUAUAAACUGAGAAAAUGGGUCUAGAAUAAUGUAAUGCAAAUUUGUAAAGAGGAAUUGUCAAAACACACAGUGAUGUAAUGGCUAUUUUACAUUUUUACUGCACAAUAAAACAUCCUGACUUCAAGAGAAA